AUGACCAAUAAAUGUUUAGUUCAUCAAAGAUCACACGAAUUCAUUUGUUAUCAAUGUAAUAGUUUGAUAUGUUCAAGGUGUAUCACCGGUCAUAAUAAAGAUCAUCCUGAUCAUUCCGAUCAAUGUGAACAUAUCGAUGACAUCAAACAUUCAUUGAUUACAUUAAAGUUAGAUGAUAUUACUGACAUCACCAUAACAACAACCAAUAAUCAUAUUAAUAAUGACAGAACUGAUAAUAAUAAUAAUAAUCUUUAUAAUAGUAUUAAUUUUCAUUCACAAAUCAAUAAUAAACUUAAAUCUCUGUGGGGAUCAUUAAGAUCAUCGACAUCCAGAUAUCAAAGAUUAUCAACAACAGAGAAUGAUAUCAAACAACACUUUGAACAAUUACAUCAAUAUCUAAUCAUUGAAGAACAUAAACUACAAAGAGAUAUUAUCAAUGAUAAACAUACAAUCACAAAUCAAAUCGAUAAUAAUAUAAAUCAUUUAAAAUAUUUAUUAAAUAUAAUUAAUGUAUUUAAUAAAUUAAAUAGUAAUAACAGUAAUAAUAAUGAUAAUAGUAGUUGUGAUGAUCAAUCAGAUAUUGAAGAUGCAACAUCAUUAUAUUCAACAACAACAAUAAUGGAAUCAAUAACAACAAGUUCAUCAUUACAAUCAUUCAUCAAUCAUAAUAAUCAAACAUUAUUCAAUGAACAUAAUUUUAAAUAUAAUAAUUAUUUCAAUAUUGAUGAACUUCUCAAACAAAAUUCCUCAGAUUCGACAUCAUUAUUAUUAGAUAUCAUUCAUAAAUACAACAAUCAAUUUCAAUGA